GACUUCUUUAGGUAUUCGGAAGGGUCGGACUUUACAGAGAGUGAAAUUACGAAGGACAACGCCAUGAUAGUCACGGAUUUGACCCCUCACACGCAGUACGAAUUUCAAGUGAGGACGGCUAGCAAGAACGGCAAGAGUAAGCCAUCUUGGCCAGUCGAGGCGACCACCGAUGAAGCCCGACCAGAGUCUCCACCAAAGAACGUACACAGCCGAGCUCUAACGUCCACGUCGGUUAUUGUCCAGUGGGAGCCGCCAGACAUACCAAGCGGCGUCAUCACCAACUACAUCGUCUACUACUGGUUGAACCCCUCGGACCCGACAGAAGCGUGGCACAAGAAACGGGCCGGUGUGCACCAUGCGGACCGGAUUCUACUAUCGUGGGAAGCGCCACUGUUCACCAGCGAUCUAACGGCGUACGUCAUCAAGUAUAACUCGACGGCGGACGACUUCACCCAGUUGGAGGUGAGCAGCUCGAAGCUGCAGACCGCGGUCACCAACCUCAAGGCUAAUACCGAUUACACGUUUCAAGUGUACGCAAAAUCACUGCGCGGCCUUAGUGUUCCCAGCCUCAGCGUCGUCCAAAAGACCAACCCCCUGGUGCCCACUGGAGCACCUCAGGGCGUUGUUGUCGAAGCGCUCAGUUCUCACGAGCUGAGGGUAAUGUGGGAACCACCGCCAAAAAGCGAACAACACGGCCUGAUCACCUACUACAAAAUCAUAUGGGAGGCGGAAUCGGACAACGGCGACAACAAUGACAACAACGAUAAGACCGGUGUGGUGGUGCAAGCGGCCGAAAAACAGCGCAGCGUUGUCAUCAGUGGUCUGCGACCGUACACCAUGCACAAGGUGUCGGUGGCGGCUGGAACGAUCAAAGGAUUUGGACCCGGCUCACCACCGGUCAUUGCAAAAACUUUCGACGACAUUCCCGGAGCUCCUAGAAAUUUGAAGUUGUCGCUUGUGAACUCAUCUUCGGUUGCUGUGAAGUGGGACGAGCCCGUGGACAAAAACGGGGAACUGGUCGGCUACUCUGUGUACGUCGAAGAACUGGACGCCGAAGGUCGUCCGGUGUUUCAGGGUGUGAUCCGCCCCGUCCAGCGGACAACCGUUGACACGAGAGAAGCAGUGGUCCACGAUCUGAAGAUAAACACGAACUACUCGUUCCGCGUCAACGCCUACAACCGCAAGGGUGACGGUUACUUCGUCAAGGCAAAGACGAUCUUCAUUCCGCCAAUCGCCCCUUCCGAACCAAGGAACGUUCAUGCAGACCUGAUGUACCAUCAGCCGCCGUUGAAGCUUGUGCUUAAAUGGGACGAGCCAGAGAAAACCUACGGCAUCCCGGUACUUCGUUACCGGCUUCGGUAUCGCAUAGCCGGUGGCCAGUCGGACGAAUUCGAAACUCUGUUUUUGAACGACACCGGAACCACUAUCGAACCGCUGAAGUAUGGAAGAAUGUACGAGUUUUACGUGGCAGCAGAAAACUCGAAAGGUGUGGGAAAAGAAAGCCUGUUCACCGUUCAAACGCCCACUGGAGUGCCCGAUUCGCCGCCGAUGGAUAUUCAUUACAAAUUUGAUGCCAAGGCGAAAACGCUUCAGUUCAGCUGGCUUUCUCCGCCAGCGUCUGACCACAAUGGUGAAAUCAAGCGAUACCAGACUCGGCUGACACUUCCUUCUGGCUCAGACAGUAUCACAAGCGAGGUAAACGAAAAUACGAUCACUUACCAGAAGGUCGAGCCGGAUACGAAGUACCAGUUCAGCGUCAGAGCGGGUACUGUUAAAGGCUUUGGACCCUGGAGCGAUCCGGUGAUGGCACAGGCGAAGUUCAGUGAAUCGGGUAAGUUGAAGAACAAAAUUUGUUCGAAAAUUGUGUGA